UACAGUAAGAUUCGAGACCAUUAAUGAAAAUAGUUCUUGUUAAUUCAAGUAACUCUGGUUUAACUCUCAGGUUAAAAAUAUACAGUGGCCUGUCAACAGUAAUCACGCUGCGUCUCUGCUUGUCUCCUUUUUUCACAGCCGGCUCCAGCGUCAUCUCUUGCGUCAGCUGUUUCUUCCUGUCUUUCGGCAACAGCGAGUCAGCCAUGAUCGCUCUGCUGUGCCUGUUUGGUGGGAUCAGCAUCGCCUCCUGGAACUCCCUGGACGUGCUGACCGUCGAGCUCUAUCCGUCUCACAAGAGAACCACGGCUUUUGGCUUCCUCAACGCUCUGUGUAAAUUAGCAGCCGUGCUUGGCAUCAGCAUCUUCACUUCAUUCGUUGGCAUAACCAAGGCCGUGCCCAUCCUGUUUGCCUCUGGCGCGCUGGCAGCAGGCAGUUUUCUCGCCCUCAAACUACCAGAGACGCGGGGUCAAGUGCUCCAAUAGUGUGGCGCCUGCAGCUCUGCAGAAGGCAGCAGAGCUUUAGCUACACUGCAGAGGAAACGGCUCAAAAGUUCAUCAAAUCGUGCCCUCUGACCCCACCCCACACUCACCUACAUCCACAGUAAAACAGUAAACUACAACAUGAAUUUGUUAAGGUGCAACAUUCAGCCAUGAGAGUAAAGGUUAGUGCUGUUGCUGCAUCCUGAUAAUUCCAGAAAAAGAUUAUGUUUGUUGAUGUUUACUAAAAUCUGGAGAUGAAAAAAACAGUAAACCAAUGUAGAUGUAACUCCAUUAAGUUUUGUCCCCCUCAGUGUAAAAGCAUCCAGGGUUGGAGGUCAGUGACUCUGAUAGUUAGCAACGCAAACAGACUCAUAGAAAUGACCACUAGCCAUCAUUGCAGAGUUGUCCGUAUUCACCUCCAUUCUUUUGAGCGACAUCAACUCACCUUUGAAAUUGUGAGUUCUUCAUCUCUGUUGGACAUCUGCUCAAAAAUGCAACAAUUCCUGCCUUGAUUGGAAGCAUUUUUGACUCUGCGGGGGAACACCAAGACGUGUUCGUCUUGGCCUUCCUUACUCUGUCUCUCCUGAGGUCUUGUGUUGGUGUCUAGACUAACUGCCAUUUUGUAGAUAAUAGAACAUUCUGGGUUUGCUUUUGUUAUCGUUACGAAUCGGAGAUGAAUCUCCCUCCCUUUAUGGCAUCACUUUGGAUCGCACCAGAACAGGGAUGAGUUCGAGACAAGCUUUCUGUGUCUGUCCAUCUAAAGCACAACCAUUUGUCAUGAGAACAUUUUCCCAAGGAAAAUGUUCAGAAUCUCCCAGUUAGCCAUUAUUCCAGUCAAACUGUAUGUCCCUUUGUGAGAACUGCCUUUUCCCUUCUCCUUUAUGAAUAUACAGGAUGUGUGUCUUUAAGCUGUUUCAGAGGGUGUUAUGCAUGUCACAAAGUAUGAACUGUAUGUAAACUUGAAAAUCCAGACUAUAACAUGUAAACAGAGUUUUACUACAUUUGCUCAUAUAUUGUUCUCUAUCAAAUUUCUGUAGUAUCUUGACAGGACACUAGUUCUAUAUUUCUUGGUACCUUUAACAGUCCUUCCCAGGUGUUUUAGAGCACACUGCACGAAACGAUGCAAAACUUGAAAUGUCUGAAAGAAGAUCAUGAUCGAUGUAGAGAAGUUAGCUAAUCGCAGUCACGUUUAAGUUUUCACUGAGAACUCAAAAUUUUAACAGUUGUGAGUCAUCUUUGCAACUGAAACCUGGCAAAUGGUUGUUUAUUUAUUAAGUCUGUAAUCAUUCCAUAAAUGCACCUUUAUUUUUUACAAUGAUAGGGGUGGGGCGGUUUGGAAAAUCCAUGGUUCAGUCAGGUUAGCGCACCAUGAAUACCAGCCUACAGAAAAAUCAUCUUUAAACCUUUUGUAGAUGUUCAGCACACCAAACUUCAAUUUAUUGAAACUGACUUUCUAUGUUUGGUGAAUUCACCAACUCCCUCACAAUUCCUUAUAUUAGCUGAUUUCUUGCUGCCUCAUUCUUUUUUUUGUGUGUUAGUAAAUAUUCAGUGGUUGCAUAGAUGAGCUAACAGGUGGGCUGUGCAGCUGCUAGCAUUAGCAACAUGUGUUGCUAAGUGUUUCACUCUGGUCUCAGUUUUAUUCACUUUAAACACUUGCUCAAUAGUUAUGGAAAAACUAAAAAACAUUGUAGCUGGUUUCUCCUUUCAGUUUGAUCAAUACGCUUUACAUACUGUGCAUCAAUUUAUCAUGAGUAGCUACCAUUAGCAUGUGAUACAGUAGCUGAAAUGGGAGACCCAAUCAUCUAAAUCCUCUCAUUUAACCAAACAAUAUUUCUGCUGGUACUCUCAGUAUGACUGCUGGUUUCUACAACUUCAAGAUGUUGAUGCUCCAGGACUUUUAGUUGUUAAUGACUCACAAGUCCUGAACCGAAACAUUUUUGCAGUUUACCUUCAUCCCAAUUAACCGAUAUAGGAUAACAAGCUUUAUUUGCCUUUUAUGAAUUAAAUAUAUUAAAUUCAACACCAUCAGGGCUACACCUUUAACCUGAUUAUUGUUAGAACACAGAACUGAUUGGGACAUUAAUUUAACAUGCAGGAUAAUUAAGUCUUUUCCUGGACUUUAGCAUAUGAUAGGAGCAAGACAUAAAAGCACACUUAUCAGAAAGAGAUCACUAACAAUUAUCAUAUAUUCCAUACAGGUCACAUGCAUUCCCACUUAUAUUCACAGCUGCUUUCCAGAAUUUGGAAAAUUAAUCAUGUCAGACCAGUUUUUCUUGUCCAAACUGCCAUUUUGUAGGAUAGGAGCCAUAUGUAGUUUCAAUUGAAUAUAUAGCCAAACCACUGCACUAAGAGUGCAUUGUGCACAAUUCUGAGAGCCUUGUGUUGUUUGACACUCAUCCUGAUGCGCAUUAGGCUGGACAAGUAAUGAAGAACCAGGGGAACAUUUAAUGAAAGCACAACCUUAAUCGACCAAAUGAUGAUGUUGUGAACAUGCUGUAGGUUUACACAGUUCUGCAAAAAGAAAACGACCCCUCGUUUAUUUGCAUUUACUUUAUGCUGAUCUAGAUUUAUCACCUGAUCCAUCAUCUAUUUGUGUGCCAUGAGUACCACCUCUCAUGAAUUAUUGCCAAAUAUUUUCUGUGGCCUGAGUUUACACAUUAUGACAAGAGAUCUGCUAUACAUAUAAAUAUAUGUAAAUAAAAUAAACUAUAAUAGCACUAGUAGGAUUUUUAAAUGAUUUCCCCCCAUGGUCUUUACAAUACUAAAGUCAUUUUUUCCUGUUUGUUCAUGUAGAGCAGAAACACUUUUAUUUUCUCUCUGAAACUGAUUCAAAACACCAAGUUUGACAGUUCAGGUGCCCUAGAAAAAAACAAAUCUCUUUGACUCGCAAAAAACUUCAGAAGCCAAAAUAAUUAGCAGACUACAUUGCAAAAUGUCCAUCACAGCCUCUCAGAAGCACACUGAUAAACCCUGAAAAACAGAAACUGCACAUGUAAGAAAUAAAUUCUCUGCAGACCAGCCCAUGUCACACAUCAAGAUUCCUCUGUUUUAGCAGAGAGUGCUGUUAAAAUGCUAACACGCUUCUCUCAUACAUAUCUAAGCCUAUGUUACAGGGUGUUUUUGUAUAAUUAACUUGUUGCCUAGGCAACAGUCAGUUGUGAGUGCAAAAAGUUAACAAAGCAAUAAGUGUUUGGGUGUUUGUCUCUUACAAAGUUGUUGGCAGUUGAAGCACAUUACUACAUGCUGGCCUUUUUCCACUGAAGGGAUUGUUUAGCGUAUUUGAAUUGUGGCUGUGUGGAGUAGUGUUGAGCUGUUGGCGUCUUACCUGCAGUAGACAGCUGCUCUGAGCAGGGAAGAUUAAAAGAGAAUUCACACCUAAAAUAUAAAAUAAUUCUAAACUUUUCUAAAAGUUUGGCUUGUUUAAGAUGGAGACAAUUCACUCCUUAACAUGUCUGUUCCUUAAAGUUUUAACUCCACCUCUCAAUGAGAUUUUCUUUUUCAAUCAUCAAUCUGAAAAUCGCCCUGACUGCUGUGUUUUUCACUGACUGCUCAGAACUACUCCGCACAACAUUACAUCAAAAAUAAACUCUCCCACUAAUGAAGACAUGGAAUAAAAAAGUUAACAUUUGUGUGUGACUCUCUAAAACCACUCUUGGUCUUGAGGCUUCUGUCGAUACAAGUGCAUCACCAUAAAUUAAACGUAACAAAGAAUUAUCACCUUUGUCACUGUACCGUGCUGUAGAAAAUGUAGUUGAUUGUUUGUAAGUAUAGAAACUGUGGAAUCAAAUAUAAAAAAGUGAUAAAAAAAAAGUGUAAAUGAACAAUGCUGUAUGUUGUCUUUUGAUUUUAUGUAUUUUGUAAAUGAGAAUGAGAUAAUACAGUAAAAUCAUCAAUGUCAAACACCAGUUAUGGAUCAUAGUUAGAUUAAAAGUGCAGAUGCAGUUUUGUUUAGAGGUGUGUGAGAUUCCUCCAUGUUGAUUUUUGAUCAGGAUCGCACUUUGAUGUGAUCCUUUGGAACUAUAACAAAACGUUAUGAAAAUAAUGAACAAUAAACACGUGGAAAAGAU